CACGGCCGGAGCGGCGUGCGCGGGUUCUUUCCGCGUGUUUUUCCAUGGUUUCGCUCGGAUGUAACCUGUUAAAGGCCGGCCUGGUUAAGUGCGACCCAGCCGCCGUGCAAACUUUAGGAUGCGGGCUGCAUACUUUGUUUUUCUGGCCUUUACAAGGUGAAUGAACGAGGGGCGGGAGCGCCUUUUCUGUUGCCAGCACUGGAUGCUGCAUCUUCGGAACAGUUCUUGAGUUUCCAGUAUUUUUAUGGUCCGAACUCCUUAAAAAUAAAAGGGUCCUGAUGUGUCUGGACUCUCCAUUGAAACAGAUAACAAAAAUGUAAAAGCAGAAGAGUUCAAGGAGGCUAUUCUUAGUUGCAAACACAAAUUUUCGAAAGGGAUGAGUUUAAGAAUAGAGUGGAAGAAAAUCCAGUCUCAAGGAGUCUCAUUUGUCUACUACAACAGUGAAUUUACAGGUGAUCUUCGAGGCCGAGCAGAGAUGCUGAAUACAGGAAUCCGAAUUAGGAAUGUGACUAGAAGGGAUUCUGGGACCUACCGCUGUGAAAUCAGUGCCAAGAGUGAAGAGGGGCAACGCCUGGGAGAAGCUACUAUUACUCUCACAGUAUUGGUUGCUCCGACUACUCCAGUGUGUGAGGUACCCAGCUCCGCAAUGACAGGAACGGUCGUGCAGAUGAGUUGUAAGGAAACUGAGGGCUCCCCUCCAUCUGAGUACCAGUGGUACAAGAAUGGUGUUGCCUUGCUGGAGAAGACAGGAGCAGGCAGUGCUAGAGCAGCAAACAUAACUUACACCAUGAAUAAAAAGUCUGGCACUCUGCUGUUUAAUACAGUUACAAAGAAUGACACUGGAGAGUAUUUCUGUGAAGCCUCCAAUGGGAUUGGAUUAUCUCAGAAAUGUUCAGUGAAGCGAAUGCAAGUUGAUGACCUUAAUUUAAGUGGUAUCAUUGUGGCUGUAGUAUUGGUGGCUCUGGUGAUGGUUCUAUGUGGCCUUGGAGUAUUUUAUGCCCAAAAAAAGGGCUACUUUGCAAAUUCUAGCUCCAUGGUACUAAAGCUAGAGAGCAUUCAACCAGCAAAUUUUGUUGCAGACAUUUUUAUUCUGCCAACAUCUACUGCAAAAGAGGAAAGUUCUUCCCAAAAGAAGACGAACUAUCAAUCUACAAGUGAAAAGGAUUUCAAGCAUACCAAGUCCUUUUUUAUUUAGAAGAUUUCAGCCUCUGUGAGGGACAUCAAAUUACUACUUGUUAUACAAAAGUAUCAAUGUCCUGGUUUCAGCUGGGAUAAUUUUCUUCAUAGUAGCUGUGUUUUGGAUUUAAUAUGAGAAUAAAGUUGAUAACACACUGAUGUUUUAGUUGCUGCUGAGUAGUGCUUACUCCAAGUCAAGGAGUUCUCAGAUUCCCGUGGUCUUCCAGUGAGGAGCUGCAAAAGAAGCAUGGACAGAGCACAGCUGGGACAGCUCAUCUGAGUUGUCCAAAGGGAUAUGCACAGAAUCACAGAAUUGUAGAAUAAGCUGAGUUGGAAGGGACCCAUCAAGAUCAUGAAGUCCAACUCCUGGCCCUGCACAGGACACCCCAAGAAUCACACCAUGCGCCUGAAAGCAUUGUCCAAACACUUCUGGAACUCAAACAGGCUUGGUGCUUGGUGACCACCUCCACACCAGAAUAUCAUGCUCAGUAUUUAAAUUGGGGAAGUUGGCCCGGAGGAGCCAGCUGCUGCUGGGGAACAGGCUGGUCAUCAGUCAGCAGGUGGUGAGAAACUGUUGUGCAUCACUUGCCUUUCUUGGGCUUUACUCCUCUCUAUCCUUUUCACUACAAUUCAUAUUAUUGUUCUUAUUAAUAUCAUUAGUAUUAUUAGUAUCUUAUUUUACUUUGUUUCAAUUAUUAAACUGUUGUUCUCUCAACCCACCAGUUUUACAUUUUUUUUCCCAGUUCUCCCACUGGGCAGGGGUGGGACAGUGAGCAAGCAGCCACAUGGGACUAAGCUGCUGGCAGUUCUUUUUGGCACUCAAAUGGGACUAAAAAGGUUGAGAUAAAAACAGAUCUGACUAAAGCAUGUUAAAACAAGUUUGUUAUAAGCCUUCAUUGUAUUGGUUUAAUAGUUGCUGGUCACCAUAUUGAUUCAUUUGCUCUAGGCCUAGGCUAAGGUUAUCACUGCGUUGUUCGGUGUUGUACUGGCUUGUGAUAUGAUGGAAUGGCUGGUCAGGAGCCUGUCUGGUGUGUCCCCACUGCCCUUUGGGAGCCAUCUGGUGGAAACUAUCCACAGUUACAUCUACUGCCGUUCACCCUCAGAGAGCAAACCCAUGGGAAAAACACCUUCCUUCCCCUCCAGGAUGAUUACAAUUUGAGCAUUUGAGAAUUUUAGAGACUUUGCAUAUCCUGUGACUAUCCUUGAAACCAGCCUGGUCCUUUUGUAAAAAUCAGUAUGUUGUUGCAUAUGGUUCAGGCCUUCUUUAGGGUUAAGAAAUGAUCUGUGGCUAUCGAAACCCCACCAACACCUACACAGACUUCAGUAACAGGCCAACAAGAGGCAACCACUCAAAACUUAUUCCUGAGUGAGCUGCAGGAUAUACAUAAAUAUUUCAGUUGUUGUCCUGAUGAGCACACUACCACCCAGCUGUUCUGAUGCUGGGAUAAUGGGACUAAGGGAUUGGAAUUAGAGGGUAGGAAUCACUUUCUAAGAAAGCAUGCAUUGACAAGGUGAUUGCAAGAGAGACACAAGUUACCAGCCUCUGGAAGCAACUCCUGUCAAACCUGAAGGAAAGGUAUGCUUACAAGAAUGAUGCUACAUGUCACCAUGCAAGUGGAAAGAUAUCCAAUACUUGAGGGAAUUAGCAAUGAUAUUUAUUUUGACCUGGACAAUACAAGGUUCCCCACAGAUCCAGACCAAUUUGUCUGCAUGUCACCCAUAUGGUGGAAGUUUGCAGAGUGUACCAAGAGUACACACCAACCCACUGCCAAUGUUACUCUAAAAAGACAUCACACCACCAUCUGUGGAUACAGUGGCUUGCCAUCUCUGGGAAUGUGAAGACAAUCUCUUCCUCUCUCAUCUGUGGAGAAACUAUCAGAAAAACUUUCCCAGGAGUUUCAGCAGUUCAAAUAUGUUCUAUUCCCCACCUCUACAGACCCAUGCUAAUGACAGUAAGCAUUGGCUCAAGAAGAAGGAUAUGGAAGGUACAUGCCAUGGAAUACCCUGGUUUAGCUGAGACCACAGAGAAGGCAUGAAGAAUUGGGAUGGGAGACCUAAGACCUACCUUGAUCUUAGAGAUAUGAAUUGUAAGGAAAACAAUCCCAAAUGGGGGUUUUUCCAGGAAAGCUGCUACUCCCGUCUCCAGUGGAUGGUUUCCCAGGCAGAGUGGAAGGGCUGAAUUUACUCCUAAUCCUAUGGAAAGGAAUUCUAAUCCAUUUCUUCAAAAAGUAAGUUCUCUGAGAUGUGGGUUUUUUGAAAAUGCAUAUCCCAAACUAUGUAAGCCCUCUUUGUCAAGUGAUUCAGAAGAAUGAUUUCUGAGCAACACCACCAACCUUUUGAACAGAAUGAACUAGAAAUACUUGGAAAUUACUCACAGAUGCUUGGGCCAAGGAACAUGGCAUUUAGUGGGUAUAUUAUAUCAUGCACCAGCUGAGAAAACUACAUGAUCCAUUGGACUGUUAGACUACACUGAGAGCAGUGGCCAGGGCAACCUUCAAACAUUGGGAUGCACAUUGGCAAAGGCCACCUGGUGAGUCAGCACUAGAUCUGCCAAGGGGGCUGGCCCUGCCCAAUCAAAACUUUUACUGUAGAAGAGAAUAAAGUUCCUGUAGUGCAUAUGAAACUGUGCUGCGGAAGACAGUCUGGGUUGUUCCUGCCUUGGGCAAAGGCAAACUCAUCUAUGGGAUUGUUUUUGUUCGAGGACUUGGGCACACUUGUUACGACAGGAGGAUGGGCAAGUUUGGUUUGUGCGUUGAGUGGACUUGAUUGAAUAGCUAGUGCAUUGUGUGAUGUUAAUUGCUGUGUAUUAGCACUUCUACAUCAGCUGCAUGCCCAUGACUGCACUGGGCACCUCAUGGUGUCUGUCUCCACCCCUCCAACUUUGGGAAUCUGAACCCAACUCCCCUUCAACUGCCAUAUUAAGAAUGAACUUUGAUGUAACUGGACAAGCAGAGCAGCGACAGAAUCAGAACUGGCUUCAACAUGCGACAAUCCAACACUCACAAGUCAUGAGUGCCAUAAGCCAAAAGCCACAGACUAAAUUAAUUCAAUAGACUUCUAUGGGAAUUGUCUAUAAAUUAAGGAAAUGGUAUCUGUGUGUGCAUCUUUAAAAGAUGGGAAAGGUGGUCGCAUAUCAGGAAGUGUGGGAUCCGGCAUGACAAAUAAUAUGGAGUAAGCAGCUACUACUUUUCUGGUUUCAGCUGGGAGUUAAUUUUUUUCCUAAUAGCUGGUACAGAGCUGGUUUCUUUAAUUAGAAUUAGAAUAAUGUCAAUAACACAACAAUGUUUCAGCUGUUGCUCAGCAGUACUUACCCCGAGUCACACUUUUCAGUGCCUGAUGCUCUGCCAGUGAGAAGGUGCUCAAGCCAUGAGGGAACAGGGCCAGGACCCUGACCUGAACUGGGCAAAGGGAUAUAACAUCAUGCCCAGUAUUUAAACUGGGGAGAAGCUGGCUGGGAGGGACCAUUUGCUGCUGGGGAACAGGCUGGGCAUCAGUCAGUGAGUGGUGAUUGGCACCUGUGCUUCUCAGGUUUUCUCUCUCUUUCCCAUAUUAUUACUUUGGUUCAAUUAUUUCAGUGCUUUAUCUCAACCCACAAAUUUUGUUCCUAAUUCCCUUCCCUACAGUAGGGGAAGGGGACAGGGAGUGAGCCAGAGGCUAUGGGAUACUUAGUUGCCAGCUGGGAUUAAACCACAACAUCAAGGCAUCUUUUGACCUCUGCUGUUUCCAUGUCUUAUGUGCUGAAAAUAGAAACUACCAAUAUUUAGUCAACCUAGCUGUGAUGGCAUUAAAAAAAAACAAAACUUUCAAAUAAACUUAAAGACAAAUUAACUUGUCUCUUCAAUUUAGUUUUGUGUGAAAGCUUCUCAUUUUGUUGAUAUGUACAUGCAGCAAUAUAAGAUUCACUCUUGCAGCUUGGAACAAUCUAUUCAAAUAAUUUUCAUAGAUGAUCUCACUACUUGUGUCUCAGCCAUUGUCAAGGGCUCAAUUCCUCCUGCAAUUCUGAUUUACUAGGACUUAAGAGAUGAUUUUGGCAAAUCUGAUACAAUUUCAAAGUGUGUAUUAGUAAACUCACUAUGCUAAUAAAAGAAAUCCUCCUGUAUUAAAAGCUCAAGCAGUGUUUUAAUGUUUAAUGUGGAAGUCUCUCUCUGUAGACUGUGUAUGUAGUUUCAUUCUGAAGAAAAAUCACGUCAAUACAAUUCAAACUGUAGUAUGUAGACUCUAACUGUCGAAGUGUUUAUGUAGUGUCUCAGAUAUAAUUAUAAAUAAAUAGCUCCUCAGAA